AUGCCAGUAACUACAAAUGUAUUCGAACCCGAAGUCCAGCAUAUGGUGCUGCAGACCGUCUUUCGCGGUGUAGAGCACCCACUAUGCACUCCGAAUGCUCCUAUACACCAGUACCGUGGUAUCAAAUAUGCUUCAGUCCCUGCCCGUUUUCGGCAAUCCAAGGUGUUCGCGUCAUAUCCUCCGUUGGUCGAUGCCUCCAAAUACGGUCCUAUCUGUCCUCAAGUCAAGAACAUGAGCAGUUUCGAGGAAGCCUUGUUUGGUCUCAAUGAAGAUGAUAUCCCAGAACAGGCCUUGAAGCAGAACGAGUUCGAGUGUUUGAAUUUGAACAUUACGUGUCCAGGAGGUUUGACCUCGCAGUCGCGCUUACCUGUUAUGGUCUGGGUGCAUGGUGGAGACGACAGAGGUCAUGGCUCCAACUGGGUUUACGACGGGGGUGCGUUGGUAGGCAAGAGCAUUCUGCUUGGAAAACCUGUUAUCCUGGUUACCUUCAAUUUUCGUCUAGGCUUGUUUGGAUUUGCAGCUGGCCCCCAGCUUCGAGAGGAAGGCCAAGAGAGCGUAGGCAACUAUGCCCUUCGUGACCAACGCACCCUUCUUGAAUGGCUGCACUGCUACAUUGCUGAUUUCGGUGGUGAUCCAGGAAAUAUUACCCUCUUUGGUGAAUCCAGCGGUGCAUUUGAUAUCGUUUGUCACCUCCUUUCUACCUCGAAUGAAACUCGACCAUUGUUUCAUCGAGCGAUCGUGCAAAGUGCAGUCUUUGAAUACAAUGUACCGGACGUCGCGGCAGCUGGAUGCCAACUCUCUCGUUUGAUGUCAACGAUGCACCUCUCAACGAUAAGCCAGCUUCGAGCAAUCGAUGCCGAUCAACUGAUUAAAUUCGGUCGAUCCGUUCGUGUUGUUGACGAUGGAGUCUUUUUGCGACAUGAUUGGAAAGAUUUUCUCUCACCUGAAGAUGCCCAUAAAAACCAUCAUCACAAUCUGAAUUUAACCGUUCCAAAAGCACUUUCCGCCCUUCGAUCCCACUCUCACACGCCAAAGCCUAUUGGUUCUGCUUCGUCUUCCUCUACUCCAGGACUUCGGUCGUCCGUCUUCCAGCCCCUUCUUAUUGGCGACUGUGCUUCCGAUUCCAUGCUAUGGUCCACACCCAUCUCAUAUUGGACUUCUGCAGCAGCUGUACGUCGGAUCAAAGCCGUUUGCCAAUCGCUGUUCAAGACCAAUACGCUAUUCCACACAUACGACAUUUCUUCAUACACGCCUGACGAAGAAAUUGCUGAGCAUAUACUCGAGCUCGUCAACGACGCGCGGAUAGCUUGGCCGACUGACUGUUUCGCCCAGAACUCCCGUCGUGAAGGCGGUGGAGUGUGGAGAUAUGUCUUUGAUCAAGAAGGUCCAUGGAACUGCAUCCCACAUCAUGCAGCGGAUCUCAUGUACCUCUUCGAUAACGUUCCCUUACCAGAAUCCUCCACACGCUCGAUAGCUGGAUCCUCAAUGCAAGACAGCUUCUCCGAGGCCGAUAUGUUUCCUGAAUCGUUCGCUUUCGAAGACGACGACGAGGAUAUCAAGUAUUCCCCGAUUGUGCGUGACGACGACGCCAUGAGUUCGGAUGACGAUGGGUGGGGUAUACCUUCUGUUGCGUCUUGGUCAUACUCUCGUGUGAGAGAUACCAUGCAAGAGCAAUGGAUUUCUUUUGCGUAUGGGGAAGCGCCGUUCAGUGAAGAUAAGGUCUUUGUUUUCGGACCUGAAGGAGAGACUGGUGAACGAUCCGAGUCGAUUUUUGAGGGGAGGAGGAGGAGAACAUUGUGGAAGAAGGCAUUUGAACCUCUGGGAAUGCAGGUUGUACAUAAAAUGGGCGUGGAGCUCAGUCGAGGUCCGCCGUUGCGGAGUUAG